UGAAGUCUUGUGCCGAAGUUUAGUCAAAGAGUCAAAGUUUUGCGCUUAACAUUUAGUUGCGAAAUUGCAAGCGUGCGGAACGGUCGACGAAGCCAUAUUUAGCAUACACUUAAAGAGCCGUUAGUAAUAUAUUAAAUAAAGGCAUAAAUCUAUAAGUGAAAAGAUGCGAGUUCAUUUGGUGUUUUCGGCGUUUGUGUUUGCGUUGAUCUGCAACACUUUGCCGGCAGAAGGCAAACGAGUGUCUUUAGUACCACUUUCAGCCAGCGAAGUAUACCGUCUGUUGCGUGAGGCGGGUCAGGAAGAUGCAGUGCCCGAAGGACGCGUCGUGACGCAAGGUAUAGCAGCGGUGUCCGGUUUUGCCGUUGGAUUAGCGAAGGGCAUCGGUGGUUCGCUGCUUUUUGACUUGGCUACCAGUCUCUUAUCAGCAAAUAAUACUCAAACUAAUAAUCAAACCAUGGAACCUCAAGAAGUCUGCUUCAGCAGUCGCAGUUUGUAUGAGAUCAACGAUAGCGGGGAUGAGGACCCGGAGGGUAGGCAAAAUGGUGCUGACGCACUCACAUCUGCCGACUACUCAGAUUAUGAGAAUUCUAACCCGGUGAGGAGCGAGGUUUCUUCGCCGUCUACGAGUAACGAUGACAGUGACUAUGGUGAUAACGAACUUAUUAGGGACGGAGACGAUACCAAGACUGGAACAGUCACAUCUACAGAUACGGGUCCGGCUGAAUCGAUAAAUUGCGUGCUGGUACAGCGGAGAUGAGGUACAGCGGAUUAAGAACGUAUGUGGGGUUGUAAUUUUAAAGAAAUAAUAAUUUAUUUAUUUAUUUAUUUAUUAAUAAUAUGCAAUAAAGCGAACAUAAAGUAGU